CUGCUUUCCAACCUGUCACCAGAACCAAUGACCGUUCUUCUUGACAAGCCCGAAUCCGCUAACAGCGCCCAUACAAGCGGUGGGUCUCAUUAUCCUGACUCUGCCCGCUCCGUCGCCGCUGCGUAAAUCCAUACGUGCGCCUGCGGAGAUGACCAUUUCGCUUCCGUCUAUCACCCCAGCUCCUGCACCUCUUGGCAAACGCACCUCUUGGCUUGUAAAAGCGCGAGAGGCUAAAGCCAUGGAAGGCGUUGUGGCACGUUCGGACACCUUGCAUAAUACUGGUGCUGCUGCGGAACCGAGUGCACCAGAAGUUUCCGUUGUAUCUGUCUCCGUGAAACGCAAGAGUGGAGAGAUGCUAGGAAGUGUCUAUCACCCUCGGAGGACCGGAGAGAGGGCGUCCAAAGUUCCGAAGAUGAACGGGUCGGACACAGUGUCGACUAUAAAAGAUGACGGAGAGAAGUCGGCUGGCCACGGAUCGGUAGAUGCAAAGGGAAUGGGUGAGGAAGGUUUCAUUGGUCAAUUUAAGCGAACUGUCGAAGGUCUUGGGGUCCGUUCUGGUAAGAGUAUGACCAGAUCGCUAGGAGGUGCCGCCGCCGCCGCUGCCCUUGCCGAAGCUCGCGCUGCAGCCGAGGCGAGAGUAGCUGAGCGAAAUAAAGUCACAGACGCGAGCAGUGAUCUGACCAAUGUCCCUGCACCCACCGUUACACCUCAGUCUCUCUCUCUUCACCAGGACGACCGCCCGACCUCACCACGAUCCAAGCCUGACGAUGUCGAGCGACCAAACCUUGUCGUCGACUUGGUUUCCGACACUGCGAAGCUCCAAGGCACACGAACACAGGGAGCUUUACAAAGUCAGAACCACAAUGCUCAUGACAGUGCAUCGACCACACCUCCCCACUCCCCACGUCAGGAACACAAGGUUGUUGUCCAGCACACCGGGCCAGUAUUCACCAAACCAACCGCCCAAACCACACUUGCACCUGCGAAACCUCUUACUUCGUCGAUGCAGCUCAAAGAUUUCUCCAAUUUGUCAUUGGGUACAUUCACGCUGACUACCCCGAGGACUUUCGGGGUAGUUCCCCAGCUUGAUUCACGCACCGCUAUCCUCACAAAGGGUUUGGAGGACGAAGGGAAAGCGUCGGAUGCACUGGCAGCUGCAGAGAAUGAUGACGUAACCGAGCUUGACCACAUCGAUGGCCAUGAGGAGGAUGCUGUCGAUUCUCUGGAUUCGGAAGGCUCUAUGAUGGAUAUAUGUGAACUUGGUGAUGUCUCUGAACCGGCGCAAUGCACAGCUAAUCAAGGCGAGGUGGGUUAUCAUAUUUCAGCACGAUAUUGCACUAAACCUUGAUCCCUCGAAGCGGGCUGGUGUGAUACGAAGUAGCAGCCAGUUAUCCAUGACGUCAGUGACUUCUUCAUCACAGUCAGAAACCGGAUUUUUCGGCCAAGCAACGAAACUCGUCGCGAGCAUGCUUGGCGGAGGGAAGAAGGAAAA